CUUCCAAAACCCUAAUUCAAUUUCAAACCCAUCCUCGUAUCAAGAAAAGAGUGCAACAAUGGGGGCUUAUGCGUAUGUGUCGGAGCUAUGGAGGAAGAAGCAGUCGGAUGUGAUGAGGUUUAUGAAGAGGACGAGGGUCUGGGAGUACCGUCAAUUUCCUUCCAUUGUUCGGGUUACUCAUCCUACCCGACCCGAUAAAGCUCGUCGUAUGGGUUACAAAGCUAAGCAGGGUUAUGUGAUAUAUCGUGUGCGUGUGAGGCGUGGUGGACGAAAGAGGCCAGUUCCCAAGGGUAUCGUAUACGGAAAGCCUACGAACCAAGGUGUGACUCAGCUGAAAUUUCAACGCAGCAAGAGGUCUGUUGCUGAGGAACGAGCCGGGAGGAAAUUGGCUGGUCUUAAGGUCCUCAAUUCCUACUGGCUUAAUGAGGACUCAACUUACAAGUACUAUGAGGUGAUCUUGGUUGAUCCUGCUCAUACGGCUAUCCGUAAUGACCCACGGAUCAACUGGAUUUGUAACCCGGUUCACAAACACCGAGAGCUUCGUGGACUAACCUCUGCGGGCAAGAAAUAUAGAGGUCUGCGUGGAAAGGGACACUUGAACCACAAGGCACGACCAUCUCGAAGGGCUACAUGGAAAAGGAACAACACUCUUUCUCUUCCCCGUUAUCGUUAAUGAUUUUAUUAGUUAUUUUGGUAAGAAUUUUAUACUUUUUAAAAUAGUUUUGGUUUUAAAUUUCCAUUAUCGUAGAUGUUCGAUUCCAUGACAUGUUUUGAUAUGAAUAAAUUUAUAGUUGGAUUGCC